AGCAUGGUACAUCACACGUAACGACAAUAACAGUAAGACGAAAAAGGGAAACUUAGUCCCUUCGCAAGCGCCGGUAUGGACGUUUCAAAGUAUUCAGCAUACGCAGAUUAUAAAUGGGCUGUUGGAUUAAAUCGGAUUGCCUUGUCAGUGUUGGGCGUUUGGCCGAAAAACAACAAAACGAAACAAGACAAAUUAAAAUCCAAUAUACGUACGCUUCUUAUAUUAAACAUUCCAAUCUGCUUCUGUUUGAUUCCAACUAUAAAUUCUUUGCUCAAAGUUUGGGGUGAUUUAAUGUCUACGAUUGAUAAUCUGCAAUAUACCUUACCAUUUUCGAUGGCAAUAAUAAAACUUUCUAUUAUAUGGCUAAAACAGAAAGAUGUUCUUCCGCUUUUAAACAUGAUUAAGGACGAUUGGUUAAAGCCGAAAAUAAUGCAAGAAAGAGACGUUAUGAUAAAAUACGCGCGAAUAGCGCGUUUGCUUAUAAUAGUAGGAUACUUUAUGAUGUUGACAACUUUUAUUGUGGCUGUAAUUCUUCCCAUUUUCGGCAUUUCAAUAAGAUACGUAACAAAUAAAACAGACCCUGGCAAAGUAAUGCCGUUGCAAACGUAUUAUAUUUAUGAUCGCAAUCGAAGUCCAAUUUACGAAAUAACUUAUAUCCUGCAGAGUGUUAGUUUGAUGGCGACCGCUACUAUGUACACUACUAUAGACAAUUUCCUAGGCAUGCUAGUUUUUCACGUGUGCGGUCAGCUGGAGAAUCUCAAGAUGCGUAUCAUCCACCUGGAUAAAUUUCAAAAUUUCGAGAUUGGUCUAUCGCACAGUGUGCAGGAUCAUAUACGUCUCAUCAGAUUUAUUAAUAAGAUUGACGAUAUAUUUACAUUAAUA